AUGAGAAAGGACUUAACUUAUACCUUGGCAAUAAAUCUAAAAGGAUAUCUUCUGCUGAUUUUAUAUAUACUGAACUUAUCUAACUGCUAGACUCCAACUGCAGAGUGGCUUUUGGACACUCCAAAUACUGCAACAUCAGUGAAUAAUUAGUAUAAUGGAGGAUCUCCAGCUAUAUUUACAGAUUCAAAUACAUUGGGACUGGGUGCAAAUUCAAGAUUUAUUGGAAAUGGUAUUCAGUAUGAAGGGAAUCAUUUCUCAUGUACGCAUACCCCUCAUGGAAAUACAAUAGACAAUGAUGUAAAUUUUUCUGUGGAAUUCUGGACUUACAUUAAUGUUCUAAAUAUUAAUUCUUAGAUCCUUUGUAAAUUUUAUAGAAAUGGAGGUUUAUUAGGAGCAACUGUUAAUGAAAGAUUUUGUAUUGGAUUUAAUACUGGUGGAGGUAUGAUAGCCAGAAUGAAUAGGAAUAAUUAUAAUAGUGGAAGUAACGUAUAAAGUAAUGAUUUGACUGGAUGUCAAUAUGCUGAGGGAUGGAAUCAUGUGACUGUAACGUUUACAAAAUCAGGUACUUGCGGAUUUUUAUCUGCUUGUAAUACUAAUAUUGCAUGUUAUGUACAAACAGACUCAGGUUUGGUGACAACUGACACUGCAACUUUCAAUGAUUAAAUUAAUGAUGACCCUAGCAAUGGUGCUUUUUUAUGUGUCGGAGCUACUACAAGUAAUGGGUUCCUAGGAGGAUAUGGAAUUACUGAUGAGUUCACUGGGAUCAUGAAUCAGAUAAGAUAUUAUACAGGAACAGUUUUGACUGCUUCUCAAGCUGCAGCAGGAUACUCAACAAACUGUCAAUCAUAUUGCAAGAUUUGUUAGCCUGUCGGGACAGCUCCAUAUUAAUGUAUCUAAUAAUAAAGCAAAUAUUUGCAAAAAUAUGAUUUCAUUCUACCUACUUAUCCAGUAACGAUGAUUCACUCAGACACAAGUGGCUAUGGUUUUAAUCUUCAAGUUAACUCCAAUUUUGCUUUCACCCCUGCUUAUGCUCACAACUAAGGACUUUUCUUUGAUACUACUUUUGGAGCUUAGAAUCAGUAUCUCUACUCAACAGGAUCCACAGCACAAGCAGCUGAAAAAAAUACCUUUACUAUAGAAACAUGGAUCAGACCAACUUCAGCACCAGCAGCUGGAAUGAAUUUGUUUGAAAAAGAAUCUGCGACUAAUACUGAUUAUAUUGCUAGGAGGUUCUCUAGUGCCACUUAGAUGUAGCUCGUCAUUAAUGGCUAGACUGCUACUUUAACGAUAGGUGCAGUUACUCUUAAUUAAUGGUCAUAUGUAGCAAUUCAUGUUGUUUAAACUACAGGCUCCUAAUCUUAGAUAUGUUUGAAGUUCAAUUCAGUGGCUAUGACUUGCUCAACAGUAAAUGCAGUAUUUGCUGAAUCAGGCACGUCUAAAACAUAAAUUGGAGACGGCUUUAGAGGGUUUAUGAAAAGUCUCUGGAUAUACGAUUAUGCCAAGGAAGAGCUUGACAUGGCAAAAACUUUUAAGACAACUGGCUGUACGAAUAACGUCAAUGGAAACACCUGUGUAAGGUGCCCAUUAGAAACUGGACAGUGCAUUAGUGACUGUAAUUCAAAUCAAUAUGUGAAUUCUACAACAAAUGGAUGCACUGAUUGCUAUGCAAGCUGCAGAACUUGUUGGGCAGCCUACUAUGACAACUGCUACUCUUGCAUUAAGACACCUGGAACAUGGGUCUUUGACUACAUUAAAAAAUGCUCAUCUACCUGUGGAGAUGGAAUAAAAGAUGAUUAUGAAAGCUGUGAUGACGCCAAUACAAAGAAUGGGGAUGGCUGCUCAUCAACAUGCGCAACAGAAAGCGGAUUCUCAUGUUUCGGAGGAAGCUUUAAUAAAGCUGACACAUGCAGAUCAUAGUGUGGAAAUGGAAUUAAAGCCUCAACUGAAGCUUGUGAUGAUGGAAAUAAUAAACGAGGAGAUGGAUGCGACUCUUAAUGUAAUAUCGAAACUGGCUUCACUUGCACUACUGGAAGUCCUUCUGUAUGCUCUUCAACAUGCGGCGAUGGAAGGAGAGUAGGCAGUGAAUAAUGCGAUGAUACCAAUAUUGUAAACAACGAUGGAUGCAGUCCUACUUGUACUAUUAAUACAGGCUACAAUUGCACAGGAGGGAGUGUAAAUUCUAAAGAUACUUGCUAAGAAAUAUGUGGAGAUGGAAAAGAUUAUGCUAAAUAUGGAUGUGAUGAUGGAAACACUGUAAACAAUGAUGGAUGCGAUCAAAAUUGCAGAAUAGAGGUGGGAUACACUUGCACUGGAGGUUCAUCAGCUGUUAAAGACACUUGCUCUGAGAUAUGUGGAGACGGGAGAAAUUUUAAGUUAGUAGCUAACUAGUGUGAUGAUGGAAAUAAUAUAAACGGAGAUGGAUGCUCCUCAACUUGUUAGAUAGAGUCUGGAUAUUAUUGUGUAGGAGGAAGCAAAUACACAAAAGAUAAGUGCUAAGAAACCUGUGGAGAUGGGCUAAAUUUUGGAGCUAGGCAGUGUGAUGAUGGAAAUUUAAUAAACGGUGAUGGCUGUCACUCAGACUGUACAAUUGAAAUCGGAUUUGCUUGUUCUGGAGGGACAACAACAGGCCCAGAUACUUGCUCUGAAGUAUGUGGGGAUGGCAGGAAUUUCGGGACAAGUGCUUGUGAUGAUGGAAAUAGCAAUAAUGGAGAUGGUUGUGACGAGAAUUGCAUUAUCGAAUUUGGCUUUUUAUGCUCUAAAGGUGAUCCAUAUACUAAGAGUGUCUGCAAAUAGUUUUGUAAUGGAAGAAGAACUUUCGCAGAAAUGUGCGAUGAUGGAAACAUACUAACAGGUGAUGGCUGCGAUGAAUGUUGUCACAGAGAAGUUGGAUUUACUUGUACAGGAGGUACACCAACUACGGCUGAUACUUGCAUUGAGACGUGUGGUGAUGGUAGAAAGUUAAAUCAUUUAGAGUGUGAUGAUGGAAAUUUAAUAAGUGGAGAUGGGUGCUCAUCAAAGUGCGCAGUUGAACAAGGCUGGUAGUGCACAGGUGGCACAGUAUUUACUCCAGAUAUAUGUAGUGAGAUAUGUGGAGAUGGGAAGAACUUAGGAAUAUACCAAUGCGAUGAUGGAAAUGUUGCAAACAAUGAUGGUUGCUCCUCAAAUUGUUAAGUAGAGAAAGGAUUUUCUUGCAAAGGAGGGAAUGCAACAAAAGCUGAUACUUGCUAUGAAAUCUGUGGUGAUGGCAAGAAUAUGGGAACUUUUAUUUACUAAUGUGAUGAUGGAAAUACCGUAAGUGGCGAUGGCUGUGCUAAGGACUGCACAAUAGAAGCAGGAUUUGAAUGUGCCUAAGGAAACUUCUACACUCCAGAUCUAUGCUCUGAGAUUUGCGGUGAUGGACUUAAUUAUGGAAAGUUUUAGUGUGAUGACGGAAAUAAUCAAGAUGGAGAUGGAUGUACUGCUUACUGCUCUAUUGAAGAUGGUUACAAAUGUGCUGGGGGUAGUAAAACUUCAGCAGAUUUUUGUUUCACACUUUCUAAUCCGAGUAUCACUGAAGCAUAUUUUUCCAAGAACAAUAAAGAAAUUACUCUAGUUUUCAAUGAGACUAUUUUAAUGCAAUCAUCAUGGAAUCUUACUAAUGCUUGGUCACUUGAGAUGUUCGGUCCACUAGGACGUAAUAACUAUGUUUUCACUUGGAAUGUAACUUAAGCUGCAAGAUACAAAAACCCACUAUUCUAGGGCUUCAAGUCAAUAAUUAUAGAUUUUGACUGUGAGUAACAACUCUUUGGCAACAAAAACAAAAUAGAUAGAGUUGUGAUAAACAUAAAUGACAGAUAAUACAUAAGAUCAUACUUAUAGAGAGCAAAGAUGAUUAAUACAUCUGCCAUUGUUUAUCCUUAUGGUUAAGAUGAUGUUUCAAUAGCAGGAGCCACUACAGGCUUACCCGAACUUGUUGAUACCUUAACAUAUUCAUUGAUCUAUGCAUCUUACGGGGUUGGCUUCGUAGGAGCAAUGUUUGGCUACAGUAUGAUGGAUGUGUGGCUUAUGAUGCAAGGUCUUCAAUAGGUCUUCCUAUUUCCAGUGUCUAACCUCUAUGUUCCAUCAAGUCUGACAACUAUAUUCUAAAUCUCAAUGCAGCGAUGCCCCAGAUCCACUGCCUUUCUUGACAAUUCAGCAGAUGUCCUGACUAUCUUAGUUUAUUUCUUCGUCUUUAGCAUGAUAGCAGAAAUAAUAAGAAUGGGUUUUGAAGAAAACAAGUCACUAAACAACUCUUUGCAAAGAGUCAAAUCUUCUAUGCUACCAGGAUAUAUAAGCUUCGCAUACUGUAAAAUAGCUUUUAACUCUCAUUUAAAUAUGAGGAAUCUAAAUUUUGAAUCUAACUCCUCAACUGUUUCAUCUUUGAUGGCUAUGGGUUUCGGAGCUUUAUGCUGGGUCUAUAUCUUAUAUACAGCUUUUCAGGCAUUUAAAUUCUACAGAGAAGUAAAAUUACUAAAAAGAAGAGAUCCACCACUGUCUAAUGAAUAAAUGAGAGACCUCACCUAUUUCAGAGGAAAUGUUUUAUUUCAAGAAUAUUCGAUGGAUCCCUCAUUUUACCCAGUAUCUCUAUUCUACCCAAGUAUUUUGAUGUUUAAGCUCUUAGUCGUUUCCUUAUUAGCAGUUUCUUUUGAUACCUAGGCUUAACUAACAGGAUAUUUGAUAAUAAACUUGCUCAAUCUCACAGCAGUGCUAUUAGUUAUGCCGUUUGAAGUGAGACUAUUGAAUGCUCAAUUGAUAUUUAAUGAGAUGGCAGUAUUUGUAAUUUACAUGCAGGCUCACAUGUUCAUUCCUAAAACUUUAAUACAAAUUACUGACUUCAGACAGUAUGCUAAACAAUUUCAAAUGAUUAUUGUCUUUAUGGUUGGAGUGAAUGCCUGUUUUGUAAUAUUUAGCAAAGUUACUUAGAUUGUAAAAUGUAAAAGUGUGGCUAGAUCCAAGCCAAAUUAAUUGCCCAUCUUACCUACAGAAUAGACUAAGAAGGUAUAGAUUAAGCCACUUACUAUUAAUACAGUUAGAGAUUUUGAUACUUUAAAUGAUAAUGGAGAAAUGCUAACUUCAAGAGGUUUGCUUCAACCAUCAGUAAGAUUUGAUACUCCAUCAUCCGACAAUAAGUAAACAAUAAAGAGUGCAAUUGCUUAGCCAUCAAAACCAAUUAGUCAAUUAAUCGAUUAAAAGAAAAAGGAGUCCGCAUAAAGUAGGAUUAAUCAAUAAAGUUAGAAGAAAAAAAUUGCUCAAAAUAAAUCUCAAGUUGAUCCAAGUAGCUACUACGAUAGUGAAUAUAUAAGUGACUUUAGUAGUGGAGAAAAAAAUGCUGACUUAUCUUAUAAAUCUACUCCAAAAAAUAGAAGAAGAUGA